AUGUCGGCCAGAAACUCCAUUGCCUCGCUGUCGUCUGGCUCGACGAAAGUUGAAACACGACUCGUUGAUAUUCCAUCCAGAACGUCUCUUUGUUCUCAUGUAUCUGGUCAAGAAGGUGCUAUGAUUCCCAGUAGUAGCAGUAAGGACGAGGACCUCCUCAGUUCAUCCAGUGAUGAAAUUGAAAAGGUGGCAAUGAAUACACUAGCACACUUGGAAGAGACCAAAGGUCCCGCUAUGUCAAAUCAUCGGCUUGAUGAUCAGAAGAAAAGCAAGACUGAAGAUGAACGAGGAUCCGAGAAAAUAAAGGAAAGCGAAGAACCCCAAGCAAACAUCCAGAAUGAGUUCGGAGUGUGCGGUUGGAUCCUCACAAUACUUUCGUACCUACUAAUUUUUGUGACAUUACCUAUAUCAGCAUGUAUGUGCAUCAAGGUUGUACAAGAAUAUGAGCGAGCAGUCAUAUUCCGUUUGGGACGUUUAAUGCCGGGCGGUGCCAAGGGCCCAGGCAUAUUUUUUAUUGUUCCCUGUAUUGAUACAUAUAGAAAAGUUGACCUUCGAGUACUUUCCUUCGAAGUCCCACCUCAAGAGAUAUUGUCAAAAGACUCUGUUACUGUUGCUGUCGAUGCUGUUGUAUACUUCCGCAUAUCAAACGCGACAAUAUCGGUGACAAAUGUGGAAGAUGCGGCGCGCUCAACGAAACUGCUCGCGCAGACCACACUCAGAAAUAUUUUGGGAACGAAAACCUUGGCGGAAAUGCUUUCCGAUCGAGAAGCUAUCUCACAUCAAAUGCAGACGACACUGGAUGAGGCUACCGAACCCUGGGGAGUGAAAGUGGAACGAGUCGAAGUAAAAGACGUACGCCUACCAGUUCAACUGCAACGAGCCAUGGCAGCUGAAGCCGAAGCGGCUCGGGAAGCCAGAGCAAAGGUGAUUGUCGCCGAGGGUGAACAAAAAGCAUCUCGUGCCUUGAAGGAAGCAGCAGAAGUUAUCGCUGAGUCACCAUCUGCUCUUCAACUACGCUAUUUGCAAACGCUUAAUAGCAUCUCAGCAGAGAAGAAUUCUACCAUAAUCUUUCCGUUCCCAAUUGAUUUGCUCAGUGCUUUCUUACAACGACCAGCUCCUAAAUUGUAA